CUGAGCGAAUCGAUAGCAGAAUACGAACCUAAGAUGACUAGCACGGGCAUUGAUUUCAGCAAACUGAAAGAUGGUAUCAUCGACGCAGGCACAGACCUAGUAUCGAAGAUAAUCAAAGACAAAACUGAUGGUGCUGUGACUAUACAAUCGAUCGUAAAUGGUCAAAUUAAAGUCGAUGCUAACGAGUACAUUGACAAGGCUGUUUCUCUCCUGAACAAUCAACUAGAAAGCAAUAAUUUGGAUACGUCCGAACUUCCAGAUGUGAGCGUUGAUUUUGAGCAUAAUAUUGCAUGUGGAAUUAUUAUACCUGGAACCGCAAACAUACAGGAUGGAAGUAUCAAUGGAUUAGCUAAUUUUUGUCGAACUGGCGAUUCGGAGCUGAAAAUUGAUGCAUUAGGCAGUCCCAUCAUUUCGACCCGUGCUCGGAUUGGAAUACGCAACACCAAUGUCGUAUACUCAGGAAAGGUCACGUUAAUAUGUUUCGGUCCCCAAAUCAAAAUCAUGGGCACACUGACCGAUAUUUCGCUUGAUAUUGAUCUUGUAGUGGAACGUAAUUUGGUUGUGACGGUGAAUAAGUUUAACGUGUCCAGUGACGGUGAUUUAAAGUUAGAAUUUCAGAAUCUUGAAAACUUUGACCACCUAUCCGAAAAGAUCUCAGAAGAGUUAAAAACUAGCAUUAAGAAGACAGUGCUGGGAUACUUGGAAAAGUCAGUGAAAGAACGAAUAGACACUAUUCUGUCGUCACUGCCGCUAGUAAAAUGAAAUUUGGGAAAUUUU